GUGUUCUUGUGUCUGCAGGUACUUGAUUUAGUUAAUUUAGUUAGUUGACGUGGGGAGCAUAAGCCAUGGACGACUAUCAAACAGAAGAGGAGGUGAGUUUUACUCUUCAAAGCGGCAGUUGGACGAGUUUCUGUUGUUUGGAGUCAACAAACACAAAACAAAACUCUGCGUUAUAUAACCUGUUUGUAAAUCUGUCAAUAUCGAAGGCAGGCAGCAAUGGCGGCUAGCUAGCCAAACUCAAAUGUUUCCUCUUAACUUACAGACAGCAUUCAUCGUUGAAGAAGUGAGCAAAAUAAUCAAAGAGGUAAGGAAAAUAAAGUCUUGAUCUCCAUCUGUUUAACCAGAAAAUGUACAAGUUUAGGCGAUCGUUACACGCUUUCUAUCAAGCGAUUUUUCGGUUGCUAAGGACACUGUCGUCGUUGCUAAGGACUCCACAUACAGUAACAGGUAGAUUUUAAACUUUGCAAGUAAUCAGACUGAGGCAUUAUAUCGCUGAUAAGCACAAAAUUAUUUAAUGUUUUGCAUCUUAAUAUUAUUGAUACGGACAGAUUAUUAUUUUAGCAUGUAUUAAAUUGGCCCUUUUUUUUUUGCAGUUUUGUUGGUCAGUUUUGCCCAACACUUCUUCGUUUUUAUUCUGUCUGUAGUCAGUCGAAGCAGCCAUUGGAGGAAAUGCAUACCAGCAUAGCAGAGUGAACCAGUGGAGUACCAGUGUUGUGGAGCAGUGCCUGAGUCAACUCAGCAAACUAGGGAAGCCUUUCAAGUACAUAGGUACAGUAGCUAUGAGUAUAUCCUCUAACGGAGCUAUUUCCAUUGUUGCUCGAUUGUACUAGCUCAGCCCUUCCGGAACCUUCGGGCUUUUAACAGCCAAUUUAUGAUAGAGCUAGAGACUAAUUUGGAUAUAACUUUUUUUUUACUGCAGCAAAUGUGAUGAAUUUUUUUUUCUAAGCUUAAUUUGAAAUUUUAUUUGAAAACAUGAAUUCAAAAUUUUCACCAAGUCAAUAAUAAAGCCAGGACAGAAAAACGUCCUCUAAAGUCCCUCGUGGCUGUUGAAAGCCACUUGUUUUGUCGGCUGUAAAAUCAUAUUGGAUUAAUAUUUUUUUCUGAUUUUUUUUCACAAAUCUCUUAUUUUACUUCUGCCCUGUUCGAAACUAGCAAAUGUUUCAUUAAAAACAGUUUUUUUAACCCUUUAAGUGCCAAUUUAAGACAAAAAGUCACACAUUUAGCAAAAAUUGAGGGAAAAUGACCCAUUUUUUUAAUGAAACAUGAUCAGAAACUGGUAAUCUCUUGCAGGGUAUUAAAGUCUUGAAUAUGUCAGAGAUUAGUAAUAUAAUUUACUUAUAUGCAUUUUCAGUUUUUCUGUAGCAUCAGAUUUAAUGAAAAACUGCGUUUGGCGCCUCCCAGUGGCCAAAACUACUUUGUCUGCUGUAAAAUCAUAUUGGAUUAAUAUUUUUUUCUGAUUUUUUUUCAUACAUUUCUUAUUUUACUUCUGCCCUGUUCAAAACUAGCAAAUGUUUCAUUGAAAAUAAAAAUUUUAACCCUUUAAGGGCCAAUUUAAGACAUAAAGUCACUUAAAAAGCAAAAAAAAAUGGAAGGAAAAAUUUAAGGAAAAUGACCCAUUUUUUAAAUAAAACAUGAUCAGAAACUGGUAAUCUCUUGCAGGGUUUUAAAGUCUUGAAUAUGUCAGCGAUUAGUGAUAUAAUUGAAUUCAAUGCAUUUUAAGUUUUUCUGUAGCAUCAGAUUUAAUGAAAGACUGCCUUUGGCGCCUCCCAGUGGCCAAAACUGCCUUUUCUGCUGUAAAAUCAUAUUGGAUUAAUAUUUUUUUCAGAUUUUUUUUCAUACAUUUCUUAUUUUAAUUCUGCCCUGUUCAAAACUAGCAAAUGUUUCAUUGAAAAUAAAAAUUUUAACCCUUUAAGGACCAAUUUAAGACAUAAAGUCACUUAAAAAGCAAAUAAAAUGGAAGGAAAAUGAAGGAAAAUGACCCAUUUUUUUAAUAAAACAUGAUCAGAAACUGGUAAUCUCUUGCAGGGUAUUAAAGUCUUGAAUAUGUCAGAGAUUAGUAAUAUAAUUUACUUAUAUGCAUUUUCAGUUUUUCUGUAGCAUCAGAUUUAAUGAAAAACUGCGUUUGGCGCCUCCCAGUGGCCAAAACCACUAUUUCUGCUGUAAAAUCAUAUUGGAUUAAUAUUUUUUUCAGAUUUUUUUUCAUACAGCUCUUAUUUUACUUCUACCCUGUUCAAAACUAGCAAAUGUUUCUUUGAAAAUAAAAAUUUUAACCCUUUAAGGGCCAAUUUAACACAUAAAGUCUCUUAUGAAGCAAAGAGGUCAUUUUCCUUCCAUUUUCCUUCCAUUUUUUUGCUUCAUAAGAGACUUUAUGUCUUAAAUUGGCCGUUAAAGGGUUAAAAUUUUUAUUUUUAAUGAAACAUUUGAUAGUUUUGAACAGGGCAGAAUUAAAAUAAGAAAUGUAUGAAAAAAAAUCUGAAAAAAAUAUUAAUCCAAUAUGAUUUUACAGCAGACAAAGUAGCUUUGGCCACUCGGAGGCGCCAAAGGCAGUUUUUCAUUAAAUCUGAUGCUACAGAAAAACUGAAAAUGCAUAUAAGUAAAUUAUAUUACUAAUCUCUGACAUAUUCAAGACUUUAAUACCCUGCAAGAGAUUACCAGUUUUUGAUCAUGUUUUAUUUAAAAAAUGGGUCAUUUUCCUUCUUUUUCCUUCCAUUUUUUUGCUUUUUAAGUGACUUUAUGUCUUAAAUUGGCUCUUAAAGGGUUAAAAUUUUUAUUUUCAAUUAAACAUUUGCUAGUUUUGAACAGGGCAGAAGUAAAAUAAGAAAUGUAAAAAAAAAAAUCUGAAAAAAAUAUUAAUCCAAUAUGAUUUUACAGCAGAAAUAGUGGUUUUGGCCACUGGGAGGCGCCAAAGGCAGUUUUCAUUAAAUCUGAUGCUACAGAAAAACUGAAAAUGCAUAUAAGUAAAUUAUAUUACUAAUCUCUGACAUAUUCAAGACUUUAAUACCCUGCAAGAGAUUACCAGUUUCUGAUCAUGUCUUAUAAAAAAAAUGGGUAAUUUUCCUUCAAUUUUUGCUAAAUUUGUGACUUUUUGUCUUAAAUUGGCACUUAAAGGGUUAAAAAAAAUUGUUUUCAAUGAAACAUUUGCUAGUUUCGAACAGGGCAGAAGUAAAAUAAGAAAUUUGUGAAAAAAAAUCUGAAAAAAAUAUUAAUCCAAUAUGAUUUUACAGCCGACAGAAAAAGUGGCUUUUAACAGCCACGAGGGACUUUAGAGGGAGGAAAAUCUAAAGGUCCCGGAAGGGUUAAGUGAAAAUAUUCAUUUGGUUCCUAGUAUGAAUAAAAAAGUGAGUGUUUGUGUUUUCCCCUCAAGUGACCUGUAUCAUCAUGCAAAAGAACGGUGCAGGUCUGCAGACAGCCAGUACAUGCUUCUGGGACAACUCUACUGAUGGUAAGCUUGUUUUGUAUUUUCAUACUAUACAUAUACAGCCCAGACUGUGCUGCAUACGUUGUUUCUCUUAAAUUUACAACAAUAAUUAAUGUGAGAUGCGAAGCUGCAUGAUAAUGUGGUCACCUCAGUCAGAAACUAGGAGCAUGUUGUCACAUAAUUGAAGCAUGUUUUACUAUCACUGAUUUUGUCUUUUUGACAUCCUACAGGGAGUUGUGCUGUGAGAUGGGAAAACAAGUCCAUGUACUGUAUCGUCAGUGUUUUUGGAUUGGCCAUCUGAACCAUUCUUCAGUGUGCAGUGUUUAAAAUGUCUAGGAUUUUGUUUAAGGACCAGUGUGCUGUUUUUGGUCAGGAUGGAUUUAUGAAAAUUUUAUAUUAAGUGUAAUUCAAUAAAACAUCGCAGUAAUGUGUAAACUUUGCUUUAUUUACAUGUGACAUGACAGUGUGCUACAUGUACAGCUUUUUUUGUAAUAAAGCAACAAAAAUUGCAAAUCUUUUAACGCA